GUUUGUAGCACCGGACACGGGUAGGCUAGCUGCAGCCACGGAACUGUGGUAGAACUCACGCCCACUGACUGUUGCUUCCAUGGGGACGGAGCCGGCCGCGCACGUCGUGCUGCUCGCAAGCCCCGGUGCAGGCCACGUCCUGCCCAUGGCCGAGCUCGCGCGGCGCGUCGUCGCGCACGGCGGCGGCGAUGGUGGUGCCGAGUUCACGGCCACGCUCGUCACCUACGCCAACUUCUCCUCGGCGAGCCACCACUACUCCUCCACGCUCGCCUCGCUCCCGCCGUCCGUCUCCACCGCCGUUCUCCCCGAGAUGCCGCUCGGCGACCUCCCCGCCGACGCCAGAGUCGAGACCCGCAUCUUCACCGUGGUCAAGCGCGCGCUCCCGCACCUCCGCGACCUCCUCCGCUCCCUGCUAGCCUCCCCCGCCGGCGUCGCGGCUUUCGUCCCGGAUCUCUUCGGCGCGUGGGCGCUCGAGGUCUCCGCGGAGCUCGGCGUCCCGGGCUACGUCUUCUGCACGACGAACCUCACGACGCUGCACUCCCUGGUCUACAUGCCCCAGCUCGACGAGACCACCGCCAGCGAGUUCCGGGACCUCCCGGAGCCCAUCCGGCUCCCGGGCUGCGUGCCGCUGCGCGGCGCCGACCUCAUCGACCCUGCCCAGGACCGCAGCAACCCCGCGUACUCCCUCGUGGUCGAAGUGGGGAGGAAGUACCUCCUCGCCGACGGCUUCGUCGUCAACACCUUCGACGCCAUGGAGCACGAUGCCAUAGCGGCGUUCAGCUCGUUAUCCCACGAUGGCGUGUACCCUCCGGCUUAUGCGGUCGGUCCCUUCGUCCGUACGUGCUCCGGCAGCGAGGCAGCAGACCGCAGCUGCCUGCGGUGGCUGGACGAGCAGCCGGACAGGUCGGUCCUGUACGUGUGCUUCGGCAGCGGCGGCACGCUGUCCACCGAGCAGAUGGCCGAGCUUGCCGCGGGGCUGGAGGCGAGUCGCCAGAGGUUCCUGUGGAUGGUGCGGUUCCCUAGCGACAAGGGCGACCACAGCGCGAGCUACUUAGGUGGCGGCCGCGGCCACGGCCACGAAGACAGCCCGCUGGGCUACCUGCCGGAAGGGUUCGUCGAGAGAACCAGAGGCACGGGGCUCGCCGUGACGGAGUGGACGCCGCAGGUGGAGGUCCUCAACCACCGCGCCGUCGGCGGGUUCCUGUCGCACUGCGGGUGGAACUCGAUGCUGGAGGCCGUGGCCGCGGGCGUGCCGACGCUGGCGUGGCCGCUCCACGCCGAGCAGAGGAUCAACGCGGUGAUGCUGUCCGAGCAGGUGGGCCUCGCGCUGCGUCCCGGGGCCGGCGGUAAGGGGAAGGAUGGGGUGGUGCCGCGGGAGGAGGUGGCGGCGGCGGUGACGGAGCUGAUGGUAGGGGAGAAGGGCGCCGCGGCGCGGAGAAGGGCGCGCGAGCUCCGGGACGCGGCGGCGGAGGCCUGGGUGCCGGACGGGCCGUCGCGCAAGGCGUUCGAGGCCGUCGCCGGCAAGUGGAAGAAGGCUGCGUCCGCGCGAGCUCAGGCAUGCGCGCUACCUGGGUAGCUUGCGCGCGUAUGACUCGCAGAUUCUUUCAUGCGCGGUGAUGUAUGCUUGGUUGCGGUUGCGACAUGUGGAUCGGUGUGUGCCUUUAGUUCUCCGCUGCUGCGUCUCUAUGUUUGCACCAUCACCUCUGUAUGUGCGUGUCGUGUGUUUCGUGAAAGGGCCUUCUUUGUAUGUGAAACAAUUCCUACAUGAGUAUUACAUUGACUGCUCAA